AUGACGCCGUCCAUCGUGGACGGCUUGCGCAAGGUCGAAGCCGAGCAGGACGAAGGCCGCCGCGCCACCGCGCAAAGCAAAGACGCAUCUGCGGCGGCAAGCAGUGAACCCUCCCUCGAGGAUCCCGCCGUCGGCAAACCCAUCUCCCAUGGCCAGAUUGUCGACCUAUGGCAAAAGCUACGGCCGUCAUCAAACCUCGAGCAACUCCUCCAAGGCGCCCGCGUCUACAUCCCACCUCCUCCACCAAAGCCUGAACCAUCCGACGAAUACAAAGCGCUCAUGGCCCGCCUGCGCCGCGAAGAAGCCGCCCGCGCCUACGAGCGCAUGGUCAACCCGCCGCUGCGAUACGAGACGUUCGACCAACGCUUCCCGCACGCCGGGCAGUCCUUUGCCGAGGCCAACCGCGUCACCAAUAAGGCGGACCUGGGUGACGACGAGGUCACGUACAACGAGGUCCACCGGCAGGUGAUGCUCAUCAUCAACUUCCUCGCCAGCAUCCUCGGCGUCGCGGCGACGCUCUGGGUCACGGCGCGGUGGUGGGGCCUGCCGGCGCGCAUCUUCCUGACGCUCGGCGGGAGCAUCGUCGUGGCCGUCGCCGAGGUCGGCGUGUACCAGGGCUACGUGUGGAGGAUGGGGCAGGCCAAGACGAAGCAAAAGGCCGUCAGGGAGGUCAAGGAGGUGGUGCAGACGUGGGUCGUGGGCCAGGAAGAGAAGACGGGCGAGGAGCCGCUGCUGUUGAAGACCAAAGACGAAGACGCCGACGGUGGCGUACGGAAACGGGCGACGGCAGCCGCAAAGCCGGACACAUAG